AUGAACAUUUGUAGAAACUGUGGUGGAGAAUGGACUCACACAAAUAGCCCUUGUCCUGCGGAAAAUAAGGAAUGUCGGAAACGCAACAAACUAAACCACUUUGCAAAGGUGUGUCGUUCUGGUAACCCAGACAUUCGACAAAGUCAAUAUCAUGCCAAACAAGGUCAGCGGCGUCAAAAUAAAAAUAACAUCUGGCCAGUGAACACCUCUGAUAAUGGUAACCAGUCCAGCAGCGACUCAAGUGACUCAGAAUACUGCUACGCUGUUAAGACAAAUGCUAUGCAAUCACCCGGUACUAAGUUAAAAGUCAAUAUUCAAAACGUGCAAUAUACGGUGGACACUGGUUCAACAAUCAACCUUAUUGAUGCAAAUCCAUGUAAAGUAAACGAUUAGGUAAUAUAAACCUAAAGAAAACACAUAUCAAAGCUUAUCCAUUUAAUUUUGCUGAGCCUGUCAAAAUGAAAGGGAAAUUCCAAACAGUAGUUGAAUCUCGUAAACGAAUUACUGUUACCACAAUAUACAUAUGUCACUGCCGAGGACGGUGGCUGUCUGCUUAGCAAUGCAACCGCGCAAGAAUUAGGACUAAUCAGUCUGCACCUCAACAAGUUGAAACAUCCAAGACAUCACAACAAAAGGAUAAAACGACAACUACUUUCCCAGUAACAGACAAAACCGUACGGAACAUUUUAAACAAGCGUAAUAAAGUGUUCCAAGGCGUUGAAAAGCUAAAAAACCGACAAAUUGAACUAAUCGUGGACAAAAGUGUAAAACCUAUCACCCAUUGGCAACGCAGAAUACCUUUCCACUUACGGGCUAAAGUGGAUAGUGAAUUAAGUCGUCUUGAACAAGACGAUAUUAUUGAAAAGGUCCCUGACACUGAUGAAACACCUUGGAUAUCGCCUGUGGUUAUAGUACCUAAAAAGGAUGAUAAAAUCCGCUUGUGUGUUGACAUGCGGGCUGCGAACACAGCAAUAAAACGAGUCUGUCAUCCUAUUCCCACAGUGCGAGACAUUUCGCUUGAUUAG